AUGACUGCUGCUACUAUGUCGACCAUAUAUGUUGCUUUAGUUAUUGCCACUAUAUGCCAACUUGGCACUAUGGGUGAAGAGGACAAAAAACGUACACUUGAUUCAUUGUCAGGCUCGGAUUUCUUUAAAAAAAGUCUUGAUAGUCUUUCUGGGAAUGACUUUUUCAAACGUGAAGAUGAAAAACGAACACUUGAUUCUCUUUCCGGUUCGGACUUCUUCAAGAAAAGUCUUGAUUCACUUUCGGGCAAUGACUUUUUCAAACGAGAAGAAGAAAAGCGUACUCUAGAUUCUUUGUCAGGUUCAGAUUUUUUCAAGAAGAGUUUAGACUCAUUAUCUGGCAAUGAUUUUUUUAAGAGAAAUUUGGAUUCAUUAGGUGGAAAUGAUUUUUUCAAAAAGAGCUUGGAUUCAUUAUCAGGCAAUGAUUUUUUUAAACGCAAUAUGAAACCAUCAGAAUUUAACAUGCUUUCAGAACGACGUAGUCAUCAUCCAUAUAGAGUACAUGAACGUUUUUCUGUUAUUAACAACCAAGAUAAAUAA